AUGGACGACUCCAUGGCUUCUGUUCCUGAAACAUCUCCUACGGGGAGGAGGAGGCUCGUGGAGUUGCUGAAGGAGCGGCAGGAGCCGUUUCUGCUGGCUGUGUACCUCCUCGAGAACGGCUGCCGCGCCGAGAGAAUCCCCCCCUCCGAGGCCGCAGCCAUGUCCUGGACUGCGAGUGCAUGCAGGAGGCUGCAUAGGAUAGCCGGCCAUGGCCUCCGGAAGCGGAAGAAGGAAGGCCCCGCGUCACUGGUAGCUGCAUUCCUCCACUGGAGGUGUCCUCCUCCCAAGGGCUGGAAUCGGAACAGGAGGGGAGACCUCGGCAGUACCUUCGAGUCCGGCACGUCUCCAUGCUCCGUCGGAAGCAUAAGAGUAAGCUUUUGUUCCUCCCUCGAGAACGUCUUUAGAACCGGGAUGGUUACUGAUUUUAGGAUGGACGAAGCAGGGAGAUGGUGCAGAGGGAGGCCAUGA